AUGACAGAUGGUGUGUUACUUCGUGAGUCACUUAAAGAACCUGAUCUUGAUCAUUAUAGUUCUAUUAUAAUGGAUGAAGCUCAUGAACGAUCAUUGCAAACGGAUGUUAUAAUGGGAUUAUUAAAACAAGUACUUGCUCGUCGACGAGACUUAAAGUUAAUUUUUUCAUCGUUUUUUGGAAAUUGUCCCACUUUCAAAAUUCCUGGUCGUACUUUCCCCGUAGAAAUAAUGUUCAGCAAAACACCAUGUGAUGAUUAUGUAGACAGUGCCGUAAAACAAGUACUUGCAAUUCAUCUCGGUCACCCGCCAGGUGAUAUAUUAGUGUUCAUGACUGGACAAGAAGAUAUUGAAAUAACUUGUAAAGUAAUUACAGAACGUCUACAACAACUGGACAAUCCGCCAGAGUUGGCAGUUCUCCCUAUCUAUUCUCAACUACCUGCCGAUCUGCAAGCUAAAAUAUUUGAGAAAGCACCUGAUAAUGCAAGAAAAGUUAUCGUUGCAACAAAUAUUGCAGAGACUUCACUAACUGUUGACGGUAUUAUGUAUGUCGUCGAUACCGGAUUUAACAAACUUAAAGUAUUCAAUCCAAAAAUUGGUAUGGAUUCUUUACAAAUCACACCAAUAAGUCAAGCAAACGCAAACCAGAGAUCAGGUCGUGCUGGAAGAACUGGAGCUGGGACAUGCUAUCGUCUAUAUACCGAACAUGCCUAUCAGCAUGAAAUGUUUAUGAAUACUAUACCUGAGAUUCAAAGGACAAAUCUGGCCAAUGUCGUACUUUUACUCAAGUCAUUGGGUGUUAAAAAUUUAUUAGAUUUUGACUUUAUGGAUCCACCACCUCAGGAUAACAUACUAAAUUCAAUGUAUCAAUUAUGGAUACUUGGAGCAUUGGAUAACACUGGAGAAUUGACACCGCUUGGCCGUAGGAUGGUUGAAUUUCCACUGGAUCCUUCAUUAUCAAAGAUGCUUAUUGUAUCUGAAGAACUAGGAUGUACCGCUGAAAUUUUGACAAUCGUAUCCAUGCUUUCCGUACCUUCAGUAUUUUAUCGACCAAAAGAGCGGAUGGAAGAAAGUGAUGCAGCAAGAGAAAAAUUCUUCGUACCAGAAAGUGAUCAUUUGACACUUUUACACGCAAUGAGAAAAGCUCAGGAAGUCCGGUUGCAAUUGCUGGAUAUUAUGAAGGCUGAAAAGAUGGAAAUUGUGUCUUGUGGGACAGAUUGGGACGUAGUACGAAAAUGUAUUUGUUCUGCAUAUUUUCACCAAGCCGCAAGAGUUAAAGGAAUUGGUGAAUAUGUAAAUUGCCGUACUGGCAUGCCUUGUCAUCUUCAUCCUACGAGCGCACUAUAUGGACUUGGCUAUACACCUGACUAUAUUGUUUAUCAUGAAUUGGUGAUGACAUCAAAGGAAUACAUGCAAUGUGUAACAGCAGUGGAUCCAUAUUGGCUUGCUGAAAUGGGUCCCAUGUUCUAUUCGAUCAAAGAAAAGAAUUUCACACAAAAGGAAAAACGAGCGGCUAAUAAAGCCGAGAUGGCAAGAAUGACAAUGGAAAUGCAAAUGAAAACGGCUCGAGAGAAAGAAGAGGAAGAAGCCAAAGAAUUGCAACGUAAAGCAACGGCAACUCCAAAAAGCUCAAAAAUUGUAAUACCAGGUCGAAGAGAGCCCGGUGCACCUCUUAGAAAAAGAGGAUUUG